CUGUUUUCGCCGGGUAGCGACAGAAGGUUUUAAUAACUGUUGUUCCGGUGGAGCUUCGCAUCCUGCGUUUGAGUUUUAAGACUUUACUACUGAGCUGGAGGGAAGGUUGAACUCCAGAAAAAAUUACACAAAAAAUGUCAGAGAAGAUGGAGACGGAAGCAAAUGUGUCCAAUGGAUCUGGGACAGGGUAUGAGAAAGAAGAAAGCAACCUCAGCCCAGAGGAUCUGUCUGAGAUGCUGGCUGCUGGAACUAAGGAGGUUCACGAAAAAGCAGAGAACACGCAGUUCGUGAAAGAUUUCCUCAGGGGACGAAUCCGCAAAGAGCUUUUCAAGCUUGGUGCUGUUGCACUUUACCACACAUAUACGGCCAUGGAGGAGGAGAUCGAGAGGAAUAAGGACCACCCCCAAUUUGCCCCCCUGUAUUUUCCUGCAGAGCUGCACCGCCAUGAAGCCCUGGCCCGCGACCUGGAGUAUUUCUACGGUCCGGAUUGGAAGAGCAAGAUCAGCUGCUCUCAGGCCACCCAGCACUACGUGGACCGCAUCCACCAGGUGGGGCAGGAAGACCCGGUUCUGCUGGUGGCCCAUGCCUACACUCGCUAUAUGGGUGACCUGUCAGGGGGGCAGGUGCUGAGAAAGGUGGCACAGAGAGCUUUGAAGCUGCCACCCACAGGGGAAGGCCUGGAGUUCUACCAGUUUGAUGCGAUCCACAGUGCCAAGGCGUUCAAACAGCUGUACCGAAGCCGCAUGAAUGAGCUGGAGCUGGACAUGGCGGCAAAGAGGAAACUGGUGGCGGAAGCUGUUAAAGCUUUUCAUUUCAACAUGGAGGUGUUUGAGGAGUUAGAAGAAAUUGGCAAAACAAUUCAGGAGGAUGUUCAAGAUGCUGGCAUGUCUGUUCAUGGGGAGAUGGGAGGAGACAUCAGCAAAUGUCCCUACUAUACUGCCAAGAUGGCAGCGUCGGGGGGAACAGCGUAUUUUGGUCAGCUGGUCAUGGCCGCUCUCAGACACCCGACGGGACAGGUCCUGUUCGCCACUUGGUUCGCCGCCCUGGCUGGACUGGCUGCGUGGUAUCUGAUGUGAUCCAGCUGGUGUUAGAACAGAGGAGCGGUGAAAAGAAGGACAGUAAGGAGACUGGAAGACUUCCACUAACUGACCAUUUUAUAAAAACAUUCAAAUAAGGCCUGUGCAUUUUUAUGUUUGAGCUAUUUAGUUGUAGACUUUAAGCAGUGUGAUCUGCAAGACGAUUAGGACAACAACUCCCUCCACACACUUUACUUUCUUUUUCAUAAAACUUUAGAUAUUUUUUCUUAUUUCUCUACCUCCAACACACUGUCCUUCCAUUUGGUGCUUUUCAGUUCUGGUGCAUCUGAAGUUAUGUUAUAGCUGCUUUCUGAUGGUAGUAGACCAGAUGUAAUAAAUUAUACUGUAAGUAUGAUAACAAAAUACAAUAUUGUAGUAAGAAAAAUAGUCAAUCUGGAUGAUACUUAUAAUUAGAUGUAUGCUUUAAAUCCUUCAGAACAAUAUGAAACAAAAAAGUACUUUUGUACAACAAAUUUAGUCAAUUUACAGUGCUACUUAAAAAUAUCCAUAUGCUUUAAACUUUUUCAGUUUAGUUUUAGGUUGCAACCAAAAAAAUAACAGUUUUUGUGAUAGACCAGCACAAAAUGCCACAUAACUGGGAAGUGGAUAAAAUAGGAUCCAUUGUUUUUGAAUUAUAUGUGGCAUGCAUUUUUGUCCAGCUCAUUAAUAAACAAAGAGGUACCAUGACUAAACCCCCCACCCCCACCACAACAAAAAAAUAAAUAAAUUCUGCAUCAAAAGCUACAUUAUGUUGAUUUAUCACAAAAAAAUCUUAACAAAAUACAGUUAUAGCAUGACAAAUUGUAGAAAGGUGUAUGGUUGCCUUUAAAAGCCUCUAUAAAAUCAGAAAUUGCACUUAAUAUCUGGAUAUAUAGUGCUCAGGUUUAUUAUGGUGACAUAAAGCCAUUCAAAAUCCCUAGCUAAAGAACCCGUCAUAAACACAAGAUCGGUAGUAGUUGUCUCCACUUUUCUUUCUCCAGUUUUUCUCAAAGUAUACAUUGUUGCUCCACGUUGUUUUUCCUCAUCUCCAAUCAGCGUAAAAAGCAAACUCUUAAGUGGACUGUUUCUUCCAUUCCCAGAUUAAAACUCCCGUAUCCCCUUCAAUGUUUCUGCUAAUAUACUGUUGCUGUAUGUAUUUAUGUGUGUGGUGUGGGUGAGAAUAAACGGUUGAGAGCACGUCUGCUAUUUUAUAACAUAAUUACUUCGACAGGCCUAGAUUGAAGCGACACCCUCCUCCUCUCCCAAAAAAGCUGUUAUUGAUCACAUGAUGGUGCAUUAGCUAACGAGUUCAGAGUGAGCUCAGACAAAAAAUGGUAAAUCGUAUCUACCAUGUACAGUAGGUCAGGCCUUGAUGAGGCAGGGUUUAAAUGGAUAUGCAUCCAUAUAUUUUAUGCUGUCUGUUUUUCCCUAAAUAGAAUGUGAAAAUUGUCACAUUUUAUUGUAUUGUCGUCACACUCAAAUGUUUCUAAAACGGUUGCAUGUCUGCAAUGAGACGGAUGAUGACAGCCAAAAAAACCUUUAAAAAGUGCAGGAUUAUUUGACAACAUUCAGAUUCUCAAAAUGGUGAAAUACAAACAAUUACUCCAUUGUAGCGCAUGCUAACUUCAAUUAUUCUUUUGUUUCAGAAACAUGUGAUGGCUUAGCCAAUAAAAAGCAGUCUCUUUAUGUGCAUGCUCUAAUUUUCUAAAUGAAAUGUUAUUGCUUACCUGCAGCAGGGGCUCUUAUUUGGACGCAGCAGAUUUACUUUGAGAUAAACGAGUGGGUGCUUUGACUAUACCAAUAUAUUGAUCCUGUAUCAGCUCAGUUCUUGUUUCUUUAUUAUCCAGUUUUGUGGAUAUGUCUAACACAUCACCUAUAUUGUACAACGUGCUGGAAGAAGAUUCCCAUAAAAACUCAGCUAAGCUUUGUAUUGAGUAGAAAUACUUUGUGCUGUAAUUACACUGAAGUUUAGUAUCCACCCAGAUGGAGUGUUGAUAUUUUAGGAACCUUUUGAAGUGGUUUUUGUAUCGAUUAUCCAAAGAAAUGUACUGUUUCGCCUGGAUCUUGUGCACAAUGCGUUUACUCUCACGGAGAAAGACUUGCAGCAUUUCCAUGCUGGUGCAGUUGCCUGGUCGCAAACAAGGCGAAGGGAGUGAUAAGAGUUUUGUUUUUGAAAGUCUCAGGUUCAGCACAAUGAAAUGCAUAUGGUGAGCUAAAACAGGAACUGUUUGAAAUGCUCUUGUAAGCCCAUGUUUUAUUGCUUUCACAAGGUUCAAACAUGAAGUGUGCGUCAGUAUUAAUAGGACCUACUGAAGGGACACAAUCUGCAGCCAUAAAUGAAAAUGUUUGACUAAUACAUGCUAAUUUUUAAUUCUUUUACUCUGCUCCUAAUUCCUUUGUAUUUGAUUGGAGCUGUGUGACUAGCUAGAGCACUUUUAUUGUAUGAGUGAAAACCAAGAGUUAUAUUGUGUUGUCAAUAACAAAAUAAAUGGUUUGACUUUG